UUCAUAUAUUCAAUUUUUCAAUUUUUCAAUUUUCAAUUUUCAAUUUCUUCUCUGUUUUUCUCUCCCCUCUCUUUCUUUCUUUCUGUUAUUCCUCUGUUUAUUUUCAUCAACGAAAUCUUCGCCAUUUUCUCCGACAACAUAAUCUCUUCCAUUUCCUUUUAUUCAAUUUCAAUUAUUACCAAAUCAUUAUUAUCAUUCUCACUCUUUCACUCUACUAAUUAUAAUUAAUUAUUUCCGUUCAUAACUCUCUCUCUCGUUUUCCGGGAAAAAUCAAAAUUUUCCUUGAAACGAGAGAGGCGGAAACAGGAAGACCCUUGUUGAUGAAUCAUUGAAAAAUCGAAACUUGAUACUGAUUCUUAAUUGGGUUUCUAAAUUUGUAUUUUUUUGAUGAUGGGUUGUUAGGAUUUUUAUUUUGUAUGAGCGAGGGUAAGAAAGAUGGAAGGGUUCGUGGAGAUUGAGGUUCACGAGAAUUCUUUGUGUUUGGAGGACGAGGUUGAUGUUAAAUAUGAAUUUGAUGCUCCUAUGUUCUUUGAUUUCACAAAAGAUGAAUCGCUUUUGGAUGAUUGUGAAGCGGAACAAUGGUUUGAAUUUGCAACAAGUUAUCCACCUUCACCAUUCGUGUCGAAUUUUAAAUGGGGAAAUGGCAGUGAAAUAGAAAAUGCGAAUGGAUGUGUUGAUCCUCAACAAGUUUCUGCAAUGGAUGAUGAGAAUAAUAGAGGAGUUAAAAAUUCCUAUAAAAAAUCACAAGAUGCUUUAGAUGAUAAGGUAAAGACACUAAGCAGGUCAAGUUCAUCAAAAUCUAAAGUUUAUACAUUCAUGAAACCGACCGCAAGUCAUUUGGCCAAGCUGAAGAACCUUCCAGAAGUUCAAACCUCUCAAUCUCUCAGAAGGAAUCAGGAAAAAAGUUCUUUGUCUAUAGACGGCCAAUUAUUAACCAAAAGGCAGAAGCUUGAAGCCGGUUUCCUGCGUAAGGUUGCACAUCUGAAGCAUCAAACUCUUCUUACACAUAAAACUAAAGAGGUCGAUGGUGCCGAUGUAAAUUUAGCCUCUAAACCAAACACUACUAUUCCGAGAGAACCGAAUCUGCAAACAGCACUCCGAGCACAAAGACACAAGUCUAGAACUAAUACUGAAUCCGUUAAACAUACAAAAUCGGGUUUGCAGGUUCCUAAAGCGCGGUCCUUAACUAAAAAAGGUGGAGGUGCUUUGAACACAAGUUCCAUCUCAAAUAGUGAAACCAGGACAAACUCAAAACAGGAAAAGUGUAGAAUGAUUAACAAACUCCGAGCUAGCACCGAUGAUAAGAAACUCACAAAUAAAGGAGAAAGAGGUGUUUUUCGGAAUAUCAAAGUAUUUCCAUUGGAAGAAAAUGACAAGACAUUUCAAGAUGAACCACCAACAGAAUUACUUAGCAAGCUCACCCUAACUUCUGAAGCCAAACAAACUGCAAAAUCACAACCAAAGGAGAAAUCAAUUUCUAAGAGCUUGAAGGAGAAUAGACGUGGAUCGUCGCGCCAAGAGCACGAGAUGAUGAACUUGGUCAAAGAAGAAAUUCAGAGAUUAUACGGCAAGCAAUAUCAAUGUUCUCAGGAAAUGGGGUCCCUUGUGACAAUGCAGACAUGUAAGUUGGAGCUCGGACACUGAUCGAAAAUAGAGUCACCAUUCUCCCCAUCGGUGCUCAUUAGUCUAGAUAAAUUUGCUUAAACUUACACAAAAGAUUCCUUCAAUAAUUGGAAGACAUUUCAAAGGAUCCUUAAUUGCUAUUAGGGAAGAAGUUCCAAAAAUGAAACAAAGUAAUAGGGCAUUGGAAAUUCUCUAAUGUCCAUUUUCUUUUCUGUUAAUUCUAUGUAUAAAGAAAGCUACAAAAUGUAAUGUGAUACAGUUUGAGGCAUAUGAAUAAAAUACCUGUAAAUUGUUACUGGUUACUAAAGUAUGUAACACAAUAACUAAGAUUCUUGCACUACUA